AUGAUGAUCGUGCGAUGUUGUAUUCGACUGGCUGUUUAUCCACAGUCCACGUUGUGGAGGGGUUUAGCAGCCAGCGUACAGAAUGUGAAAGUCUACUUCAAAAAUAGAGGCGAAACCUUGGAAGCAGUGGGUAAAAUAGGCCAAUCGUUGUAUGAAGUAGUCGUUAAUGCCGACUUGCCUAUUGAUGGUUAUGGGGCAUGCGAAGGUACUUUAGCUUGCUGUACAUGUCAUGUCAUUCUCGAGCCAAAGCAUUACAAAAGACUGCCUUCACCAAUCGAAGAGGAGCUCGACCUACUGGACUUGGCACCUGAAGCAACAGAUUUCUCACGUCUUGGUUGUCAAGUAAGGUUAACGGAAGAAGACCUACCGAGUAUAGAGGUCAUCGUACCAUCCGAAGUUCGUGAUGCAAGAGUCUACGAUUAG